AUGGGUUCCAAACGCGGCGCGAGCAGCCUGGCGGAGUUCCUAUUCGGAGCAGCAGCAGCCACAGCAGCCGGAGGCGGUACUAGUAACUCACCUCCUCCUGUUGUGAGUUUGACGUCACAUGCUGUCAACAUCACUUCAGACGCUGUCCACUGCAUGGAAGCCAUGGCAGCGGCUAGCAAUGACCCACAGGCUGCGGCUAUGGCCGCUAGUAACACUCGGCAAGUCGUCGUCGUCGCCGCACCUGCGGGUCAACACUCUGUUGCCGCCGCUGUUGAUUUCGCCGUCGAUUUUGGCGGGCAGCCACCAAAAACGUUCAGCGCAAUGCUGCCGCCCGCCGCCACCCUGUCGACCACGGGCAGUGGGCUGUUUACCAGCUCUGCCGCCCAGCUCGCGCACUCCUCCCCCUGGGAGGGACCCUCUGCUGCUUCUCAGAAUCAGAAGCACCUGCUCCGCGCAAUGCCCCCCUCUCCGCGGCCAGGGGCGGCUGUCCAUCAGAGCAUAGGUGAGGGGUGGACCAGCAGCCUCUUUUCCACAGCUACGCAGGCGCGAGCGUCCCUAGGGAUCUCCGCCAACUCCGCUAAUGGUGGCGGCGGCGCUGCUGCUGCUGCGGCUGCUGCUGCGGCUGCUGCUGCGGCUGCUGCUCUUCCUGCUGCUGCUGCUUCUGCUGCUGCUGCUUCUGCUGUUGCUGCUGAUGCUGGUCCUCGUGUUGCCGCUGCUGCCUCUGCUGCCGGUGGAGAGGCUUACAUAGCUGGAUCAGCUCAGCCGAAGCGGGCGGCUGGGCACGUAAUUGCACCAGCUGGGCCAACUUGGGCGGCUGCUGGGGCAGCAGGGAUUGCUGGGGUGGCUGAAGGCUUGGGCGAAGAUGACGUGUCGCCGGGGGAACUCGCCUUAGAUUGGGGCUGGAAGGCGGCACCUGAGAGGGGGUCGCAUGCGGCGAUGGGGAGGAGGGGGAGCAGUGGCGUGAGAGGGAUGGGUGCAAGGAGCUGGGGGGAUGGGUGGAGUGGGAGGAGUGGAUGGAGUGGAAGGAGCGGAUGGAGUGGAAGGAGUGGGAUGUGCGGAAGGAGUGGGUGGAGUGGGAAGGUUGGGGCCAAGUCAGCGCGGCGUGAACUCCCAGACCUAAACGACCCUGCUGAGGAGACGGCUGGGGAGAGAGGGGCUGCGGAGGGAGGGGAUCGGGAGAGAGGGGGUGGGGAAAGAGGGGGUGGGGAAAGAGGGGGUGGGGAAAGAGGGGGUGGGGAAAGAGGGGGUGGGGAAAGAAGGGGUGGGGAAAGAGGGGGUGGGGAAAGAGGGGUUGGAAAUAGAGGCGUUGGAAAAAGAGGCGUUGAGGAGGGAGGGCUGGACCUGAAUGCACCUGGUUUUGUUGGAGAGGGAAGGCGGUGUCAGCUUGACGUUGGUCAACAGCGGUCAACAGUUUUUGGGCGUUUGUUGCCCAACCAAGCGGAUCAGGCAGGCCCGUUCGGUCAAGGUGAUAGCCAGCCCGGUCAACUUGGUCAACGUGGUCAAGGUGGUGAGCGUGGUCAACUUAGUCAGCAGCAUGUUGCUGGCUCAUCCAGGAAGCAGGACGAUUCACAAGAGCUGCACUCCCAGCAGUGCCUCAGCAUCUCAAGUAAGGGAGUAGCUGUGAUGCCGCCACCCCGGCAGCAAGUCACUGUGGGAAGAAGCCUUCUAACAGAGACUUCUGAGGCGACUCAGGAACAGUUGCAGCAGACUGGAGUGGGGAAGGACCUGCUGUCAGAGAUUCGCCUGUGGCAGAAACAGAUGGAGGAGGAGCAGGGUGCGAGCAGGAAGGCCCGGUUGGUGGAAUCUCGAGCCUGGGGAGCAGAUUCCCCAGCCUGGAGAGCAGAUUCUCGAACCUGGAAAGCAGAUUUCCGAGCUUGGGGAGCGGAUUCUCAAGCCAGGGGAGCAGAUUCCCGAGCCUGGGGAACGGACUCCAGGCUGUACGGUCAAAGUGGGUGUGACUCGCUGAGUGCCUCUCUAUUUCCUCAGGUGCGCUCCCGCUCGUGGGCAUCGUUCCAUACUGCUGCUGCUACUACUGCCCAUCCUGCUGCUGCGACAGCUGGUGCGGCUGCUGCGGCUUCCACUGCUGCUGCUGCCGGCUCUGCAGCAGAUGGGGCUCGUUUCGACAGCAGGAAGCGGUCCAAGACGUGGGGUGGCCAAGGCGAUGACUGGCUCCUUCCUUCACCUCACACCCCACCGCACUCCCGGAACGUUUUCGACCCCCUGGCUGAAUCCAUGGCGUCUGCUGCUGCUGACGCGGCACUGCCAGCUCAGCAAGGUGCAAUGUUCUCCACAGGGUGUUAUUCGGAGCGCGGCAUGGGAAGGAGGUGGAGUCGCCUUGCACCUGUCUGUGGUGACGAACUUGCCACUCAGAUUGCAGCUCUUGCUGCUGCUGAUGCCAAUGCUGAAGCCGCAGCAGAGUUCACUGCAGGCAUCGGUGCAAAUGUUUCCACGAUUAAGAUGCCAAGUGUUGGGAACUCACUCGACAAACUUCCAGAGCAGCAUGAGUACCCACUGCCAGGGGUUGUCAGCCCGCUCACCCAAAAAGUUGCAGAACUGCUUGACAACAGACCGUUUUUUGUGAGCGGGCCUGAUGAUGAUUGUAGCUUGCUGGCUCCCUGGAGUGAAAGCCAAGGGAUGGAUAGGGCUUGGCAAGGGGUUGGAGGAGGGGUUGAGAAUAAGUUUAAGUGCAGCAGGUGCGACAGGGCGUUCCCUACAGGCCAGGCUCUGGGGGGGCAUAUGCGGAAGCACUACGCAAAGAAGUAA